AUGUCCCUUUGCGGUCCUACAAACGCGCUAAACAAACUAUCACAACACUCUCAGGUCGACAGAUCCCUCCAUCAAGACCAGCAGAGACGAUUCGCUCCAUCAGGUGUCGACGCCUUCAAAUCAACACAACAGAAUAAUCAACUUGAAUUAGAGUUUCAACAACAACAACAGCAACAUUUCCAACAAAGUUUCAAUCCUAUUUUUGCUAAUGCAUUCAACAAACCUUUACAAAGAGCCCAACCUCAACAAGCUGCUUCCUCUUCAUCAUCAUGGGCCUCUGAUUUCACUGCCAAUCAAAUGAAUCAACCACAACAACACCAAUACUCUCAUGGCUGGAAUAAUCAAUUUCAAUCUUUCCAAGCUCAACACCAAGCACAGGCUCCAGCUCCAUCUAUUGCCACUCCUCGUUCUUUCACAAACUUGGCCCAACUAUCCAAUUUAUCAAUGACUCAAGCAUCUUUCAAUCAAGCUUCAACACCUUUCAGAACAGAACAUCAAGAAUUACACCAUACUAAUGGUGACCUUUUAGCUAAUGAAUUAGAGUCCGAAUUUGCCAAAUUGGAACAAGAAUUCCAAAACACUUCAUUGAAAGAAGAAGCUCCAGUUUUCAAACGUUCAAAUUCAGAUUUUGCCAAUGCUGCAAUGCAAGUUGUUGAUGCCAUGAAUACAAACAAUAAUGAGAAAUUCAAACAAUCCAAAUUCUUGAGCUUGAUGAAUAUGGUUGCUCAAGGUAAAGUUGAAUUAAAUGAAGAUGAAACUAAAUUGGUUGAUGAAGCUGGUCAAGAUAUUUCAGAAUCCACAAAUUCAUUACCAGAUCCAUUAGCUGGUAUUGCUGAUGGUUCUUUAGAAACUCCUUUCCAAAGUGCUCAAAUGGUUGGAGAUAAUCAUCAUGAAGUUUACACUUGGGAUGAUGUCUAUGAUGAUUAUAGACAUGAUGAUUCAUCCUUUUAA